GUUGCUGGGUGCUGGUUGUUUCCGCUGUUCCAACAUCGGAAGUGCGGGUGGGUCGGCAGAGUCCUGAGAUUUGUAUUCAGCAGCGCAUUCUCCAAGUUAAUGCACAUUCAGAAUGAAUCAGCACCAGAGGAAGGUUUGAACUUCUUGUCCUGGAAGCUGUGCAUCACCAUAAUGAGGCUUGUAAUUCUUGAUAACUAUGACUUGGCUAGUGAGUGGGCAGCCAAAUACAUCUGUAAUCGCAUCAUUCAGUUCAAACCUGGACAGGACAGAUACUUUACAUUGGGUUUACCAACAGGAAGUACACCUUUAGGAUGUUAUAAAAAACUAAUAGAAUAUCAUAAGAAUGGAGACCUUUCUUUUAAAUAUGUGAAGACCUUUAACAUGGAUGAAUAUGUAGGACUUCCCAGAAAUCAUCCUGAAAGCUACCAUUCUUAUAUGUGGAAUAACUUUUUUAAGCAUAUUGAUAUAGAUCCUAAGAAUGCUCAUAUCCUCGAUGGGAAUGCUGCAGAUUUACAAGCAGAAUGUGAUGCUUUUGAAAAGAAAAUAAAAGAAGCUGGAGGAAUUGACCUUUUUGUUGGAGGAAUUGGUCCAGAUGGUCAUAUCGCUUUCAAUGAGCCAGGAUCCAGUUUAGUAUCAAGGACAAGAUUAAAGACUCUAGCAAUGGACACCAUUUUGGCAAAUGCUAAAUAUUUUGAUGGAGAUUUAUCGAAGGUGCCAACUAUGGCUCUAACAGUUGGUGUGGGGACAGUGAUGGAUGCAAGAGAAUUUUUCAGGAAAAUUUUAUGAUGUCACUCAGCUCAAAGUACUCACUCUCAGCAUGACUACAAAGAAAAUUAUUAUGGCAAAACUAUUCUAGGACUUCAUUAUUUUCCCAGGGGCCCUAGUGCUUUGAUUUUUCUAUCAUUCUUUUGAAACAAGUAUCACAUCAUCAUACUUAAUGGUUUUCUUAUCUUUAAUUGUAAGGAGCUUAAUGUGUACAGAUUUUCAUUUGCCAGUGAUUUUAACUGUGAUGUGAGCUGUUCUUCAAUUUUAGUUUCAUUAAGAACAGAUACACUUAAUAAAAUUUUGAAUCAAUGUGUGGGGAAGAUGCUAUUAUUAGAUGGAAAGUACACAUGAAUGGUAAACUAAAUUUCUAAGUGGUUAGUGUAUCAGGAAGCAGCUUCACAGUUUGGCAGCUCUGUUAAUGAGGACCUUCUGUACAUAACCUUGGAAGUGACACCCUGGAAGUUAUUAUAGGUUUCCUUAAAAUUUGGGAAUUGUCAACUAGAUAAGGAACCACUCCAGUCACUACUUUAUCACUCUUCUUGGCUUGAGGCCUUCACACUGAUUACCACUGUGAAAUGCUCUACUUUUCCAGACCUUGCUUAGCUAAAACGGCACCUUUCAGUUUUCAACUUUCAGAAUUACCUUUCUUGACCAUAAUCCUCAUAGUCAAAGUUACUUUCUUCUAUUUUCUCUUAGACCACUCUGUUCUUUUCCUUUGUAGCACUUCUCACAAUUUCUGAUUGUUCUUGUAUGUUUACUGGUUUAGUAUCUUUUUUCUCACUAAUUUACAAUCUCUGUAAGUUUAUAGGUCAUGUAUAUCUAGCACCUUACACUGCCUGUCACAUAAUAGGUAUUUAAUAAUUGUUGGGAAUAGUGUGAAUGAAUUAUGUUCAUAAUUCAUGUUGGACAAAGUUCUAUCCACAGCUGUCAUUUACUUGAACCACCAAAUCUGACUUUUGUUGACUUUAGGCUCUUUGCCAAAAUCUAAAUUUACCUUCAAAGGAUUGAAAUUUGUUUUUACUGAGGUAUAUUUAAAGAUAAUGUCAUAUACUUUAAAGAUAAUUUCAAAAGAGAAAUUAUUUUCCACUAUUGCAACAUCUUUAUAAUUGUUAUAUAUAAUAAUAAUACUUUGGAUAUUUAUUCUUAAGGUGACGUAGGAAAAACUAAUUUAAAAAUCUGCUUUUGAUUUUGCUACCUUGCUAAAAGUCACCAAAGUCAGUAAGGACUUCUUCAUUGCUAACAACCGGCAUCUUUUCUGCAGGUCUUAUCCUAUUGGGUCUCUUUUCAUCAUCUACUACUGUUGACCAUCCCUCCCAUCAUAAAACUCUGCCAUUACUCUUCUUACUUUCUGAGCAUUCCUUCUCAGUCUGCUUCCCAAGCUUUUCUUCUUCAUCUGCCUUUUGAAUAUUGUUGUUCCCUAGGGUUUCAUUCUGGAACUGCAUAUUCACUCUGUAUGCUUUGGGGCAUGACCUUUUUUCUUUUUUUUUUUAAUACGUCAAUAGCAGUCACUCCUUGAAACGUUCUUUCAGUAGUUUCAUCACUAUUCCUAAAAGAUAAAGUACUCUCAGUACAGUGAUAAUAAUAUGUAUCUUUAUCUUGUACUCCUGAAGCUGCACGUUUUGUAUUUCCAACUUCCAGCUGACAUCUCCAUAUUUAGACUCCCUGUACUUAAGCUGUCCAAAAUUUAAAUUUAUCUUUCCACCAAAUUUGCCUUUCUUUUGAAUAUUCCCUCCUUUGGUGAGUAGCAACACUCACCAUGAAAAUUAGCUUGAUGGGGCGCCUGGGUGGCUCAGUUGUUAAACGUCUGCCUUAGGCUCAGGUCAUAAUCCCAGGGUCCUGGGAUCAAGCCCCGCAUCGGGCUCCCUGCUCGGCGGGAAGCCUGCUUCUCCCUCUCCCACUCCCCCUGCUUGUGUUCCCUCUCUUGCUGUGUCUCUCUCUGUCAAAUAAAUAAAUAAAAUCUUAAAAAAAAAUUAUAUGAGGUUGAAAAGUGUCAUUGUUUCUUCUCUACAUCUAAUCAGUCACCAAAUCCCAACCAUUUAACAAGUAACUUAGAGGUAAAUAAGGACUAUUAAGCCUAUGUAUCAGUUUUUUCAAGGAUUAUUGCAAACCCCUUCUCAAUCAUAAAAAUGGUAAAGAUUCAUUCUGACACAUACACACUCACAUUUGCACAUGUUCUUUGAUUUAUAUUUAUAGGCUUUUAGGAAUUUGGGACCAACAGCUUGGAUUUUCUGUAAUUCAUACGGGUAUUCUUAGUCUUGUGUGCUUAAAGGACAGUUCUUACAUUUAAGUAGAUCCCUAAUCCUUCUUUAAAUCUAGUUUUAGACAACUUUGAUAAAAUCUGUGAAAUAGUCUUUAGGCUUCUUUCUCUUUCAAAGUAAUAUCUACUGUAUUGAUUGCGUUAGAGCAAUUUGGUAUAUCAUUCCUAGUUAUGUAAAUUCUUUGUUGACCUGCAGUUCUGCUUUUGCAAAACAGCCCUUUUCUUUCUUUUUUCUUCAUUUUCCCAGGUCACUUACGCACAUCAGUAUCUAAUGUAUUAAGUACCUGCAUUAUGGUAUAUUCAGUAAUACUUCAUAAGAAGAUACUAUUUUACUUUCUUAAACCAGAAGUUACACUUUAUGCUUGCCUUUUACCUUGAAGAACAAAAAUAAAUACCUUGAACUGUGAAGAAAUAUGUAGCUAUUUUAUUUUACCUUCAGAAGAGUAUUGGUGCUAACAUCUUUCUUUAAAAAAAAAUAGAGCUUUUUAGUCAUUUGAAACAUGUU